GAGAGAGAGCUUUAGUAAAUAAGUACUCCAGGUAUAAUUGUAGGAAACUACUUCUUUAUCGCUCUAUAAGAGAGCUUAGUUCACGUGCGAUCAGAUUAUCUUAAUGUAUCUGCACAAAAAAGUACUAGAGAGAUUAAAUAUGGAAUUGAGAUACAAUGUUGCGCUUCAUAUAUACGAUAUAGUGAUUAUAUUAAUAUAUUAAUUUCCAAAACUACAUUUGUGAUGUGUAUAGUGCGGGUAAUUAAAGAUUCAUAUGUAUCGUGACAUAAAGCGAUAUAUCUCAAGGUAUUUGUGAGCACGGGUGGAGUGACAGCCACAUAUAUGACGUACAAAAAAGGAAUACGUUUAGUCCAAAUUCUCUUGUGAGCAAUUACAUUAUCAGCCAUAAAGAGCAUGGUUAGCGAGUAAUAGUGAAAAUGGCUGAGGUAACAAGUGCUUAUGUGUGUCAACAAGCAAAGAUUUCUCUGCCAAAAAUGUGUCUGCCAUGCAUCGAUGUUGUGAAAGGCACAGCCUUGCUCAGAAUGUCAUUUUUUCACAAGUGCCCUGUGCAGUGUAUCGCGUAUAUCUCUGCGGUGUAAAUAAUUUAUACUGCCAAAUGCAGGAGAGUGUGUGCCGUGCGUGAUAAAUUCGAAAUACCGAGUUUCUAGUUAACGGAGGAUGAGAUGAAAAGCAGCGUUUGAUAUGAUGGCGCUGAAUUUAUGGCUCAGAGGAAUAAUAAGAGUGGAUCCGUGUCACCGUUUGGCCUACAAAUUACUGCACCUGGGGUGCGUGAAAUUUAAAUCUCGGUGAAGUACGCAACCACAUUCGUCGUUACCAAUUGGAACGCUACAUGACCCAAUCCCAUCAUCUGUCCUCUCCCUUCUCGUCUGGUCUACGUAUCCUUACAUAUAUUAUCUUGUCCUCGAACUGUUCUUCCAAUUAGAGAUAAUGCAAUUUUUAAUUAACUGUAUUCCUAGACCAAUUAUCCUACUACAUAUUCUUACUACGAAUGCAACUUGUGCAUGCAUUUAUACCUGCACCAUAAUAUCCUGGUAUCAGAUAUGAAUUUCAAAAGUACAUACCUGUGGGUUAACCCGGCCAGCGUCUCGUUACAACAUCUGUGCCUGCAACAAGUACACGCUUGAUUCUUGCGGAAGAAAAAUAACGUCCACUCUUGGUCUUGGUCGAAGUACAGAGAGUCUCACAAAUGGCACGUCGCAACGACACCAAAAAUCAAAGUGAACUAACUUCAUUGAGAGAAUCCGAAAACAAAUACAGACAACAAUAUAUAGAAGCAUCUCACAGGGAGAAGAUCUUAGUAAGGAGGCUUGCCUCUAAAGAACAGGAAUUGCAAGAGUAUAUUAAUCAAAUAACUGAAAUGAAAGCCACCCAAGCUCCGUCCGCAGCUGCAUUAAGGUCCGCUCUAUUAGAUCCAGCUGUUAAUAUAUUGAUACAGAAAUUAAGGCAAGAGUUAAUAACGACCAAGGGCAAAUUGGAGGAUACACAGAAUGAACUAAGCGCGUGGAAGUUUACCCCGGAUAGUAAUACGGGGAAAAGGUUAAUGGCAAAAUGUAGAUUGUUAUAUCAGGAAAAUGAAGAACUUGGUCGUAUGAUUGCCAGUGGACGUAUUGCUAAAUUGGAAGGCGAGCUUGCUCUGCAAAAGAGUUUCAGUGAAGAAGUGAAAAAGUCACAAUCAGAAUUAGACGAGUUUCUGCAAGAUUUAGAUGAAGACGUGGAGGGUAUGCAGAGCACCAUUUACUUUUUACAACAAGAACUACGCAAGGCUCGAGAGUCGGUCACGCUACUGCAACAGGAGAAUUCAGCAUUGAAGGCGAAUACAAACGACAAUAAUUUAUCCAACGGUUUGUCGCCCCAUACGCCACCGAUUAAGAAAGAGGAACCGGAAGAAACCGCUGUACCAGAUACGAAAGUUCCAAAACCGAUGGAGGACAGUGAUAUGUGCAAAGGUGUAAGGACUCCACCGUUAACGUCGCCCCAGAGUGAGCUUACCAGUGUCGAAAGAACAGAACGUGCAGAGAGAAAACUUAAUCAAGCCGAUCAUAAUGACGAGAGUUCUAGCGACUCCGCGGCGUUAAUUAUUAAGGUUGAAAACGAGGAACUUAGUGAUAGGGAGGAGGAGCAGGAGGAGAAUCGGAACAAGCGAUUGUUAAGGAGUAAAAAUCACAGUAGGAAUAGUGGUAAAUCGAACGGGGAGGAGGUGAUAACGCGAACAACGCGGGGUAGGGACAGGACAAAGAGGGAGAAAAGUGCAGCCAGUAGUGAUGAUGAAAGGACGCACAAGAAGAAACGGAGGGAGAGUAUUCUUUCUCUCGAUUAUAACGAGGCCGAUGACGACGCGUUAGUUUUAACCAAUGGCGAGACUCUGCAGAGUGAUCCGGAAUGAACGAUUAUUUUAGGUUGACUUUGGACGACACUAAUAACCACACGUGAUUGAAAUUCGCGAUAUAUUUGAUUUGACAUCCCCGUUACUAUUGUGUAUAAAAUUUUUCAUCUAAAGCAACGCCGGUUAUUUACAAGAUGAAUUGGUCGAAUAAAUAAAUAAUUAGCCAUAAAGAAACGUAAUUCAGUACCUGUAUUCGUGAUAAACUGCAAAGGAUGAAUAUUCGCAUUGGUCUAAAAAAAAAAAAAAUAAUAAGCCUGUAAAUACUCUUAUACCAUUAGAUUGAUAUAUAAAGUUCACGUUUACGUCGAGUUACUUGCAAAUGACCAAGUUGCGUAUUACAUUGCAAAGAUAUAUCAGACGAGAAAUCUGAAUAGGUUUAAUAUAAUUUAUUACAGCCAAACGCGCUGUAAGGAAAACCAGAACAAUCGAGUUUUGUUUGUAUUUUGUAAAUUUAUUGUAUUAAAACUCUAUACAAAAACCAGCACAGGCUUUAGUUAAUCAGUAAAAGGAACGGAUGAUUCGAAAGAUAUUGUCAAGAAUAAAAAAUAAACGCCUGAUUAAUAUUAGAUAAAUAAAUUAUAAUGCUUUCAGAAAAAGAAAAAGAAAUGCAGUGUGAGAUUUUCGCAUGAUUCUGUACGUAACGGUCCGAUGUGUACAUAUGUAUUCCUGUGCAAUGUGAGACAUGUAUCGAUCCCACUGUACAAUGUGCGUUUUGCUUUUAUUGAACAAUUGGAAACCAUACAUAAAGCAAAUGACAUAAAAUACACAACGUUAGUCUUAGCGAUGCAAAUGGAUUGAUCUCACAGACUGAUACAUUAAACUUACAUUUUUAAUUUUCUCUAAACUAAACUAAACUUGUAUAGCGUUUGAUAUAUUUUAUAUUAUCUGUAUAUGCAGAUUUGUUUCGUAUCGCGUCCCUCGGAAAGAUUUGCGCUUUCAAUUUCGUUCGCGGUCUACGUUGUGAGGAAAAAAAUAGAGGAUAUCGAAAGUUGCAUCGAAAAGAAUGUUACGAGAUAUAUAUAUACGCAUGAGAUACGUUCCAUCCCCAAAUUUUCCAUACAGUGCCAUUAUUAUUCUUGUCUAGAUAUCGAUGCUACAAUAACUUUUGAAUUACGAGCGACGCCGCGACGUAAAGUAAAGCCUUUUCUUACGCACAUUUUGCAAUCGAAGCGUAUGGUGUCUUCUUUUCUUUAAAUAAUUUAAGGGCGAUUGAAAGCAACUUGUAUUUCGAUGAGAGUCCAAUGAAAUUUUUACACGUCCGCCUUUUCGCUUACGCGAUGUAGAACGUUCGCUAAUUUACACACUCACCGCUGAAGUAUGCUAACAUGAAUUGUGAAUCUUCAACUGCAAGACAUGAUCAUUAAAGGAUUCCUUAUUCAGACUGAA